AUGAUGUUAGCCAUUGUAUUUGUAGCAGAAAGUUUGCCGACAUUCGGUCCAUUACUGGAUUUAGUUGGAGGUUCCACGCUUACUCUUACUUCGCUUGUCUUCCCAUGCUUCUUUUAUAUGUAUUUAACUGUUGCGGAUGAUAUGGCGCAGGAAAAAGGCGAGAAAAACAACAGCAAUGUAAUGCCUACAUUCAUCGAUGUAUUGAUACGGACACCAAAGCUGCGCCUCCUUAUAUGUCUACUAAUUAUUGGAUUUGGAUUAGUUGGCAGUGCUGCAGUGACGUAUACUGCAAUCAAAGAACUCGCAACAACACAUUUUACUGCACCGUGCUAUGUACAACCAUUUUUGCGCAAUGCGGCAACAAAGCCGGCAGAAAGUCAUUUGAACUGCUGCGGCGUAUGGCAGAACAUCACUCGACUAGGCGAUGUCUCGGAGUGCAACCCAUAUCGGGAUUUCUACAGCCAAGCAUAA